UGUGUUAUUAACAAAAUGUAAAGUGUACAAAAAUUGUUAUUCUCUGAAGAUAAUGCAAAAAUAUUAAUUUUCAUCUAUCUAUACAAAAAGAAGCACACAUAUUACAGUUGUAUGCAGUGGGUGCGACAAUUUGUGUCGCGUUCUGUAAAGUUAAAAAAUGUAUCACACACGUUUGAAUAUUUCGAGUGUGUGACACGUCAAGCAUGAGAAAUAUGUUUAUUUAAGUAUGAACAUCUUAAUAAUGUGGGAGUAAUCUUGGCCGGGCCAUAUUUUUAAGGUUAUAAAAAGUGUGCUCCUCUUUCGAUUUCUCAACAAUCGUGUGAUAUGACAACAAUGGUUUCGCUAACAAAAAUUACGUUCGUCGUAGCCUUUUACGCUUUUUCAGCAAUUUUUAUGCAUACUACUGCAUCUCGUGUCCUUGAGUUAAGCGAUAGAUUUUUGGAAAUUCAUAAAGAUGGACAAUGGCUUGUGAUGAUGUAUGCACCAUGGUGUGCACAUUGCAGAAGAUUAGAACCAAUUUGGUCUCACGUAGCGCAACAUUUGCACGCUACAUCAAUACGUGUUGGCCGUGUUGAUUGUACACGAUUUACAAGUGUUGCACAUACGUUCAAGAUUAAAGGCUUUCCUACAAUAUUGUUUUUAAAAGGAGAUAAUGAAUUUACAUACCAUGGAGAUAGAACAAGAGAUGAAAUAGUUAAAUUUGCAUUGAGACUAAGUGGUCCUCCUGUACAAGAAAUUACUAAAAGUCAAAGCUUUGAUACCAUUAAGAAAGAGCGUGAUCUUUACUUUUUAUAUGUUGGAGAAAGAUCAGGGCCGUUAUGGGAGUUAUAUCACAAGACUGCAGAUGUGUUCCAACCGCAUGCAUUUUUUUACCAAUCUCAUCCAAACGUUGUUAACAGGCAUGCACCUGUGGAAAAUACUCCAGCAUUAUUUGUAUAUAAAGAAAAUUUACAUUAUAAUUUUACCGGUCACAAUAUGACCAAUAUAGAGAAGUUAAACGAAACUUUAUACAAGUGGAUUAAUGCAGAACGUUUCCCAACGUUUCCAAAAGUAACAAGAGGAAACAUUAAUCAACUUUUCUUGACAAAUAAAAAUUUGGUUUUAGCAGUUGUAGAGGAGAAUCAAUUAGAAGAGGUCUCACCUCGUAUGAUUGAAUUUCGAGACAUGGUUGAAUCUGUGAUUAAGAGAAAGCGAGAGAAAUAUCACGACCAUUUUCAAUUUGGUUGGAUAGCUAGUCCUGAUCUAGUCAACAGUAUAGCUAUGAUGGUUUUACCGUUGCCAAGCCUAAUUGUUAUUAACACUACUACAAAUCAUCACCACAUUCCAGAGGAUGAAACAGAAAAGUUGACGCCUCAUGUGAUAGAAUUGUUCCUAGAGCAAAUUCGCAAUGAAAGUGCUCCGCGAUAUGGCGGAAAUAGUUUAUUAGUACGCAUCUAUAGAUCAUGGUUUGAGUUGAAAACAACACUCGCUGCUAUGUGGAUGGGCAAUCCUAUUUUAACAAUGGUAUUAUUUGGCUUGCCAGCUGGUUUUCUUUCAUUAAUUUGUUACGGCAUUUGUUGUCCGGAUAUUUUAGAUGCCGAUGAUGAAGAGGAAGAACAUACUGGAGGAAGCCAUAUGAAAAAAGAUUAAGAAUUACCAAAAAUGUGUGUCCUAUAAAUGAAUAAAAUAACAAAGUCAUCAUUAUAUUAUGUAAAUAUACAUAUAACGUUUUGCAGAAUUUUGGAAAUUAAAUAGGUAUUAUCCCAAUUACUCUUUGGUUGGCAAAAAUCAAGAAAAGAGAAGAUCUAUUAAAAUAUUUUAGCAUUUUCAUUGUGGCUUCAUCUUCAACUAUGAUUGUAAUUGAAAAGUACUUAUAUACAUUAUUACAACUUCAUCUUGGCCAAGUAGAAUAUACAUAAGACAAUACAAAAAGUGUAUAUUAUACUUACCUACAUCGAAUAAAAUUAACUAUAAUUUCAUGUAUAUAUUUUGAGAGAGAUGGCUUAAACCAAAAUUAUAAAGAGACAAAUCAAAUUUCAUUGUCUUAUUGAAAUUACAAAAAAAUACUGAUUAAAUAACAAUACAUUAAUAAUAUCAUAUAAAUUUUUUAUAUUAGCAGCAUAAAAAUUAAACAGAAAAUAGUCAAGUCAAUGAAGUAUAAAUACACAAUUUGCUGUAAUGCUAUUUAUCUAAUAAUUAAACAGAAAAUCAUUUAAAAUAA